GCGUCAUCUCGCCAACUCGCCUCCUUUUCUCGUCACGGAACCAACCUGUUACAGCCGACUUUUGGGCUAAAAGAAUAGCAAUAAUACAUACCUAACGUACCUACACUUACGGAAAACAAAGACGACAAUCAAUCCUCGCCCACUGGGGGCCCUGAGUAUCCACGAACCUACAAGUACACCGAUUCGCUCAUCGCCGCCGCUUCAUAUUCCGCGAUCCUUUGGCGGCGCAUUCAAUUACAAGACCGAUUUCCGAUUCCGCCGUGCUUUCCACUCCUUCAAACUAUCGUAAAAUAACAAUAAAACAUAUACGCGAAGGGGGAAAUCCAAUCCAACCAUCGAGGUUCGACAAUGUCGGAGGCGUACGAGCGUGAGCGUCAGAACAAUGCGCGCCUGGAGGAGCUGUCCGCAAAGGUGUCGUCGCUGCGCGGCGUAACGGUGGACAUCUACGAUAACGCGAGAGCGCAGGACGUGAUCGACAAUACUUCCGAUACGUUUUCUUCCAUGUCGUCGCAGCUGAAGGGAUCCGCCGGUCGAUUGGGCCGUAUGGCAGCGUCGGGGAACAAGGUCGCUAUUCUAAAACUCUCCGGCAUCCUCAUCGGCGCCUUUCUCGUACUAUAUUAUAUCCUCAAGUGGAUUUUCUGAACGGCUACUCUGCGGAUUGGCACGCCAAUAUGCGAGCUAGGAGAAAGCGACCAAACUCUAUUGAGGAAAGCCAGGUAGGCUAUUGUCGGAUGAUAUACCAUUAACCUAGUCCUUUACGCGAGCCCGGCGGAUUUGGACCCUUCAGAUUUGGAACCCUUGGAUGGCGUAGACGAUCAUGAAAUAAAAGUGGCGGGUGAUUACACUUGGCUAGUACGACAUGGAUACACGAUUGAGAGACAAAGGAUGGAGCUGCAAUUUGUGAUGGCAUACCUAUACGGUAUCGGCAGCAACUAUUUAAUAAAACGGGAACACGUGUCAAAUUAUUGUUCAUUUGAUAUGGAAGACUCGUAAUCCUUGCAGCAUAGCACAGGCGUUACGGAUUUGGCCUUCUUAGUGUCAAGUAGAUUAUUUGCGAGCAAAAACUAGCCCAAUGAAUUUAUCUGAAUU